CACACAAAAGCCUUAUAUAGAACAACUUAACCAUUGUAUAUUUUCUCUAGCUUACAUACUCUUUCCCUUUAUACUUUUUGAUUUCCCAAUUAUAUGGAUAGAGUUAAGGAUUUGGCAUCAAAGAAGGCAGCAGUUAUAUUCACAAAGAGUUCAUGUUGCAUGUGCCAUAGCAUCACACAAUUGUUCUAUGAGCUUGGAGCAAGCCCUGCAGUUCAUGAGCUAGACAAUGAUCCCUAUGGAAGGCAAAUGGAAUGGGCCUUGAGAAGCUUGGGAUGCAACCCUUCAGUCCCAGCAGUCUUCAUUGGUGGAAAAUUUGUAGGCUCUUCAAAAGAUGUCAUAUCCCUCCAUGUUGAUGGUUCCCUCAAACAAUUGCUCAUCGAUGCUAAGGCCAUAUGGUUUUAGUACCUACCUUGCAUCAACUAAAUCUCUGUUUGAAGACAAAAAUACAGAUAAAUUCAACAGACAUAAAUCUAUUUAGAGAAAGAGAUAAAAUAUGUCUUUACUCUAAAUAGAUUUUUCUGUAUUUAUAUUAUUUAAAAUACAAAACCAAUAGAGACAGAUUUUUCCGUCUUUAUUGUCUCAAUAUAUAAUUCUGUAUUUUUGUUAGUAAAAUAUAUGUCAAACAGAGCUAAAAAAAAUAGCAAGAAAUUAAAAAGUUAUGUAUUAAAUAGUAGAAUGUAAGUUAAGCUUAGUGUUUUUUUUUUCCCCUUUUAGGGACACCCCUUCUUUUUCUUGAGUGUCCUCUUUAAUUUAAAUUGUAAUGAAAGUCAAUCUAUAUAUAUGAAAAUAUAGUCUUAGCUUGCUUUUUA